ACCCUUUCCGUCUUUCUCUCUGUGUCCAGCUUCCGCGGAUUUGCUGAAACCUCCCCUUUUGAUUGGUCAGUUGCGAAGAAGAGGGUGGGGCGAUUGCACAGAGUGGACUCAUCUUGGAGGCGGGGCUUGAGAUCUCCUAGCAACGGGACAGGGGGCGUGGCGAAAGCAGCAAACCCCGCCCUUUUUGCUGUCCUUCAGCCGCAUGAAUGUCGCUGGAAGAACUGAAGCCUGGGAGCAACCCGGAAGUAGCCAGCUGGUACUGCUUGGCGCCCUUCGGGGAGGGCCCUUGUCCCCGCGUCGGCCAUGUCUCGUUUCACCUCCCGAACGGCAAGAGAGGAACCGUCCUCAUCGUCGGAGGAGCCGACCCAAACGGCAGCUUCUCCGACUCCUAUACCCUCGAUCUGGAUGCGCACAGGUGGACGGCCCCAACGUGGCCGGGCCUUUUGCCGCGAUAUGAACAGGCCGCAUUCAUUCCUGAAAGCCAGCCCACAAAGCUCUGGGUCUUCGGAGGAGCCAGCGAGGGCGGCAAUCGGAACUGCCUCCAGGUCUUGGACCUUGAAACUGGAACGUGGGAGAAGCCGGAGGUACGUGGGGUUCCUCCAUCUGUUCGGACUUUUCACACGUCCACGGCGGCUAUUGGGGACCGUUUGUAUGUCUUCGGAGGUGGCGACAAAGGAGCGGACCCUGUUCAAGACCAACAGCUUCAUAUAUUCGACUCAGCCACGUUGACAUGGCUCCAACCAGAGGUUUCGGGCCAGGCGCCCACACCUCGGCAUGGCCACGUAAUGGUAGCCGUGGGGAACCGACUCUUCGUCCACGGCGGCUUGGCCAGUGACACAUUUUACGGCGACCUCUUCUCUAUUGAUAUAACCAAGAUGAAAUGGGAGACCCUGCCAGCCACCGGAUCCGUUCCUGGAGGUCGGGCGGCCCAUUCGGCAGUGGCCUUUCGGGACCAUUUGUACAUUUUUGGCGGCAUGGACCCCACUGGAGCGCUGGACACAAUGUACAAGUAUCACAUCGAAAAAGGCCACUGGACGCAACUGGAGUUCAAGACGGCUUUGCCCGCCGGACGCCUGGACCAUUCCAUGUGCAUCAUUCCAUGGGAAGCACCAUCUUCGGAAAGCUCAGGACUGACUCAUUUGUGCUUAAUAUUUGGGGGGAUGGACAUGAAAGGGGAGAUUUAUGGGGAUUGUGUUGUGUGCGUUCUGGAAUAAUAUAUAUAUAUAUAUUUGUACCUAGAUAGCAGCACACUGUGGUUGCAAUAUUCAGGACAAUGUAAACCUAAGCUUGCACCCAUUCCUCAGCCAAACUGCACUUUGGAUUGGGAGGACUAUACAUUUUGGAUACUGGGACACAAGUUUCCAAUGCCAAGGUUGUGAUCUGCAAUGCCUGGGCAGGGAAUGACCUCAGUAAAUACAAAAGAUGCCAAUUCAAUUUGAGUCUUGUCCAGUGAUCAUUUGGGAACAAUAGGGUUGUGAGUCUGAUCACAAAAAAAUAAACAUAAUGGUUGAAACAACA